AUGGCUGACCACAGUCAACUGAUCGAGCAAUUCACCAACAUGACAGGUGUCGAAGCAACACAAGCUCAAUUUUACUUGGAGAUUGCUGGUUGGGAUCUCAAUUCUGCUGUGAGCGACUUUUAUGACAAUUCCGGUAGCUCAGAGCCUCAAAGAACUGCUACUACUUCUUCUUCUUCUGCUCCAGAGCCAUUUACUGCACCCACUAAAUCUGCAGCACCUUCUACCUUUCAACCUGGACCUUCCAAAAAAAAGGCGCAACCUUCCCGAAACAAUACAUCCAAGAUUCGUACAUUGAAUGACAUUGGAGCAGGCAAUCAUGAUGAAGAUUCAGAAGAUGAGGAGCGCGAAAGCUUUUUUGCAGGUGGUGAAAAAUCUGGCAUGGUUGUUCAGGGACCCAAUAAGAAGAGUGGAGGUAGCAGCUUGAUUGAUGAUAUCCUUAAAAAGGCAGCGGCAGGAGGAGUUGGUCCAGAAGAGGAUAAUGAAGCUGAAUCUAGUAGACCUGCUCCGUUUUCCGGAUCCGGUUAUACACUCGGAAGUGAUGACACACCCUCUCAGCAGAUCGGUACAGCAAAUCCCGCAUCCACUGAAGUACCCCAAGGACCUAUUACGCGUUAUUUGACUUUUUGGAGAAAUGGAUUCAGUGUGGAUGAUGGACCAUUGUUCCGUUAUGAUGAUCCUGCAAAUGAAGCAAUGUUAAGCGCUAUUAACAGUGGACGAGCACCCCUUUCUUUGUUAAAUGUCCAACAUGGACAGGCAGUGGAUGUACGUGUAGCUAAACGCCAAGAUGAGGAUUUUGUACCUCCACCCAAAAGCCCUCCAAAGCCAUUUGAAAGUGCUGGUCAUCGUCUGGGAAGUCCUGCUAGCUACAUUCCAUCUACACCUGGAGCCUUCCCCACAUCAUCUUCUGUAGAGGCACCCAGAGUAGAUGCUAGUCAACCUACAACAUCGAUCCAGAUCCGUCUCGCAGACGGUACUCGUUUGGUUGCAAAAUUAAACCAUACUCAUACUGUGGGAGAUAUACGUCAAUAUAUUGAAGCAUCUCAUCCUGAUCAGAGACCUUAUGUUCUCCAAACUACUUUCCCUGUCAAGGUUUUGGAAAACUCUAACCAGACUAUCAAGGACGCAGGACUUUUGAACUCUGUAGUUGUCCAACGUUACCAAUAA